GUUACGUAACAAAGUGGGUGGCAUCGUUUGUAGUUCAAGCCUGGGCGUGGAGUACUAAUAGAAUUUCGAUAGUUCCCGACUGUUUUCUUUACUGACUGACUGCUUCAGAAUAAUUAAAGAUGAGUUGUGGAGGGCACUUGCAAAUGUGCAAAAAUAAAGUAUCCCAAUGCAUUGAAUCUACCAAAGAAAAGCUCUCUGCUUUGAGUAAGAAGAUCUGGAGUACACCAGAGUUAGCCUUUCAAGAGCACGAAGCUCACAAAACUCUGACUUACUUUUUCCAAGAGGUGGAACAGGGGUGGAAGGUGCAAUGCCAUUACAAACUGGACACCGCAUUCCGUGCAGAAUGGGAGAUUGCAGGUAGUGGAGGACCUGGGACGUGUGCUGUGAAUGUGGGGUUCCUGUGUGAAUAUGAUGCUUUGCCUGAGAUCGGACAUGCAUGUGGCCACAACCUCAUUGCAGAAACUGGAGCUGCAGCAGCUCUGGGACUGAAAGGAGCACUACAGUCACUUCCCGCUCCACCUGUAGGAGUAAAGAUUACAGUUUUGGGAACACCAGCAGAAGAAGGUGCAGGUGGUAAAAUUGAUCUUCUUCAGUCUGGUGCCUUUGAAGAUCUUGAUGUUGUAUUUAUGGCCCAUCCUGCACAUGGAGAUAUAUCCUAUCUUCCACUACUUGCUGCACAAGGUGUGACUGUUAAGUAUUACGGGAAGGCUUCACAUGCAGCAGCUCACCCCUGGGAAGGAGUCAACGCACUGGAUGCUGCUGUGCUUGCGUACAACAAUCUCUCCGUCCUGAGGCAGCAGCUGAAACCAGACUGCAGGCUACAUGGCAUCAUAAAACAUGGAGGAGCAGUACCAAAUGUCAUCCCUGAUUACUCUGAGUUAUAUUUUUAUCUUCGCACGUCUGCACAUAAUCAGUUACAUGAUCUUCGAGAGAAAGCUGGACAGUGUUUUCGAGCAGCAGCUAUAGCAACAGGAUGUAAAGUGGAAUGUUUUUAUGAGAAAAAUGUAUUUUAUAAUAUUCGUCCCAACAAGACUUUGGAAAAACUUUACAUGGAGAAUGGCAAACAGCUUGGGAUUGAAUUUACAACUGAUAAGAGUACUUUGAAGAGUCUGACAGCUUCCACAGAUUUUGGAAAUGUGUCAUUUGUAGUGCCUGGAAUCCAUCCGUUUUUUUACAUUGGUUCAACAGCCUUAGUCCACACAAAGGAAUAUACCACUGCAUCAGGAGCAGAAACAGCUCAGUUCUAUACUCUUCGUACAGCAAAAGCCUUGGCCAUGACUGCUCUGGAUGUCAUUUUUAAGCCUGAAAUGCUGCAGCAAGUUAAAGAUGAAUUCAGAUGCAUUAAAGAAAAAGAAAAAGAAAAAGAAGAGAGUUUAGAUAAAAGAGAUUAAUGAGGUUAUCAGGCUCACGUGCUGAACAAUAACUAUAUUUAUGCUAAUCAUUUCCUAAUUCAUUCUCACCUUUGUAGACAUUUCUUUUUUCCAAAAGAUUAUUGGCUAUAAUAUCAAAAUCACAAUAAAUAAAUAAAUAAUG